UCACUGCACCUCUGAACGCAUCUCCUUUUGUCUUUCAUAGCAGGACACUGCCAUGGCUACUCUGAGUGUAAAGCCAGGUCAAAGGUUCACACUGCCAGACUGGUACACGAACUGUGACCUGCUCUCCACCAAUGCUGAGCGACAGCGAUCUGCUUCCCACCAGAUCAGGCAGGAGGCCCGGAUCCUUCGCAAUGAAACAAACAACCAGACAAAAUGGGACGAACAUGACAAUCGUACACGGCUAAACGAGCGGAUUGAUUGUGUUAAUCGAUGGAAGGAAGCCCUGGAUAAAUGCCUUACAGACACUGACACAGAAAUCAGUGCCAUGACUCAAAUGAAGGAGGAGGCGGAGCGAGCCCUGCAGGCAAAGAACUUGCCACUGGAUGUGGCCAUUGAAAAUCUUACCCUCCGAGAGAGCCGCCGAGCCAUCGACGUGGUGAAGGACCCUGUCGAAGAUGAACUGCACAAGGAGGUGGAGGUAAUCGACGCAGCCAAGAAAAACCUCCAGCAGAAAAUAAGUGAGGCCUUUGAGCAGCUCUGCCUAUUGCAAGAGGCCCGUCAACAGGUGAACUUUGACCAUCGUGGGAAAAUGGAAGCCCUGGAAAUUGACCGUACCUGUGUUUCCCUCAAUACCAACUCUCCCAACAUCUCGUACAAAGUCAACCCGACUCAAGUGCCGAUUGGAACACUCACUCCAGAGCAAUGGGACCAGUACAGCCAAUACAACAAGGACCGAGCAGAGGCAGAAAUGAAAGCCGCUGCAGAGUUACGGGAAGCCAUAGCACUCACCAUUGCCCAGACUGACAAUGAACUAGAAGCUCAGCGUGUGGCCACAGAAUUUGCCUUCCGGAAGAGAAUCCAUGAUUUGGAGAAGGCCCUUGAUGAGCUGAGGUGGCAAGAGAAGAAUAUCCUGGAAGAAAUUGCUGAGAUGGAGCAGGACAUCCGUCGCUUGGAGGAGGAUCUCCGGAAUAAGGUGUGGAAUCUGAAACUGGCUCACACUCGCCUGGAAACCCGGACCUACCGCCCCAACAUGGAGCUUUGCCGUGACCAGGCCCAGCACGGUUUGACAGAUGAAGUCCAUCAGCUAGAAGGCACAAUUGCUGCACUGAAAGAGAAGCUGGCGCAGUCCCAGGAUGCUUUGGAUGCUCUCUACAAACACCUGUACCGCAUCCAGACAGACAUUGGCUACAAGACCAACUCCCUGAUGCUGGAUAACAAAUGCAUGGAUGGCAGGCGGAAACUGACAGUCCCUGCUGAGAAAUUUGUGCCUGAGGUGGACACCUUCAAUCGAACCACCAACCGUACCCUAUCACCCCUCAAGAGCCGACAGCUGGAGCUGGCAUAGUAUUCAACAAACUGUAUCUGAACAAAGGAAGAAUUGGUUUGGUAAAAUAGCACUAAAUCUCCGUCCAGUGCCUUGCUUCCAUGCCAAGCCAAGCUGACAUGUUUUACGUUAAAUUACUUGAAUUUCCUUAUCCUUCUUUCCCCCGGUCUGCUUCCAGAGUUGUAUUAUUGCCCCUUAUUUGACACGUACAGCUUUGAUAUGGCAAUAAAGUUUACAACUACUAAAC